GUAAUCAAUCAAUCAAUGAAAUGUAUUUUUGUGUGUUAUGUAAGUGUAUUUUUCUUCUUUAUUCUUCUUUCGUUUUCUUCAGGUUUCCAGGCCGAGAAUGCUCCAAGUGAGUGUCAGUUGGUCAUCAGCCCAAAGAUCGGCGAUAUCUUUGUUCGAGUUGGAAGCUCGGGUACAAUAACUUGCGCAGUUCCUCAGACAUGCAAACUUUCUGCUUAUUCUGUAGCCUGGAGAAACUCAGAUGGAAUCUAUCUCCAUCAAGAAUCUGUAAGGAUAAGCGCCGUGUCUGUCAACAUUACAGUCUCCAAUUUGGACUACAAUCAAAUCCUGUCUUCAGAUAUGGGAAAUUACACUUGUGUGUCUCGUGUCGGAGACUACAGUAUUCAGGCGCGCAUUCAUCUAAAAGCCGAACUGAACAUUGUGAGAGAAAUUCCUGUGACCCCUAAAACUUCAGUAAAUGAAAUACCAAGUUAAAAAAAAACGUGCUAAUGCUGUUUUAUUGUCUUUUUUCUCUCCGCAUAUAUAAAAUAAGCGGGGACGAAGACCUGCAAAGUUUCGCCGGCUUCGUUUUAAGAUCUGAUGAAAUAAAAGAUGUUUAAUUUCAA